UUUUGUCCCUUUUUAUUUAACGAACCUGAGUAGUUAAUUAAAAAGAAAAAACAAGAAUGAAUUUAGUAGGUAUAGUAUUACGUGCAUCGAGGUUAUUCAGGUACUCAUCACAUAACGAUUUUUUGAGAAUCAUUUCAAACACUAGAAAAAUGGCGUCUGAAGUAGAAAAAGCGCAAAGUGCUACACCGGGUGGUGAUACGAUUUUUGGAAAAAUAUUAAGAAAAGAAAUCCCUUGCAAGUUUAUUUAUGAAGAUGAUCGUUGUGUUGCAUUUCAUGACAUCAGUGCUCAAGCUCCAACACAUUUUUUGGUGAUUCCACGAAAACCCAUUCCUCAAUUAUCAAAAGCAUGUGAUGAAGAUGAAAAUCUCCUAGGUCAUUUGAUGAAUGUUGCUCAGAAAGUUGCUAAGCAAGAAGGAUUAGACAAUGGAUUUCGCUUAGUAAUUAAUGAUGGUAAAGAUGGUGCACAGUCAGUAUUUCACUUACAUUUACAUGUACUAGGAGGACGUCAAAUGCAAUGGCCACCUGGAUAAUUACUGCAUAGUGCCAGAAAAAAUUUUAAUAAGUUCAAAAAUCUAUGCAUUUUAAAUUUGAUAAUAAAAAUAAAAAUUUAUUACAAUAAACUUAUUUUUCUGUACAAUAUGUAUACAUAAAAAAUUCU